AUGGGCGACAUGGCAGCCAUGGCCGGCUGGGUCACGCAAGACGUCGACCUCAACCAAGACGGUGUCUCGGCCCUGAUCAUAACAUGCGCCGUCUUGCUGCCGCUCACCUGGAUCGCCGUUGGCCUGCGAACGUACACGAGAGCCGUCCUGACCAGGAGUUUCCAGAUUGACGACUGGUUCAUGUUGAUAGCUCAGGUCAUAUUCACUGCUACCUGUGCCAUGAUUAUCGAGGGCACCAGGAGAGGACUGGGCAAGCACAAUGCGGCCGUCACGGACCCCGACGACCUUGUUGCAGCCCUCAUGUGGCAAGCCAUCGCGACCGCCGUGUACGUCCUCAACAUGGUCUUCAUCAAGCUCAGCAUCGGCGUCUUCCUACUCCGGCUAGCCGUCUGGACCGCCUACAAGUGGAUUCUUUGGAUCAGCCUUGUCGUCUUCACCCUCUGGGGCCUGGGAAUCUUCAUCUGGAACAUCUUCCAGUGCACCCCCGUGGCCAAGCAAUGGGACUUUCGUAUCGAAAGGGGCUUCUGCGCCAGCCCCGAUGCUAUCAUCGCGUCGGCCUAUGCCCUCAGCGUCUUGACCGUGCUGUCGGACUGGCUCUAUGCGCUUCUACCAGUUCCCAUGGUUUGGAACGUCAAGAUGACCAAGCAAGCCAAGUGGACCGUCGUGGCUAUCCUUGGCCUCGGCAUCUUUGCCAGUAUCGCCACUCUCAUCAGACUUAAAUUCUUGAACAAGCUCCAGGAUACCGGGGAUUUGCUGUAUUCGGCCGUCGAUGCCAUGAUUUGGACCAUUGUGGAACCCGGCGUCGCCAUCUUUGCGUCGAGUCUGGCGACAGUCCGGCCUCUUCUGCGCGUCUUUCGAAUCCGCGGCUUUACCUCUGGCGGCAGAUCUUCCGCCGGCAGGACGCAGAACUCGGAAAUGUCGACGGCCCGGGGAUACUCGAAUGAUAACAAGAUGUCGACUAGGCAUGGGACCACGUUUGCCACAGCCGGCGUCAGCGACAUGUCACUGGACAAUAUCGACGAUGAGUCCGACUUUCGACAGCCGGAUGUCGAGGCCGACAACACCAACGUGGCACUCGAGAGCAAAGGACGCCCUCAGCGCAAACGGCCCAAGGAUAUGCUGGGAGGUGAUUCGAUAAGCGAGAUUCUCGCCAUGGAGGACAGCAUCCCGUCCAGUAUAAAGGACGACGAGGAGGCGAACCAGUCGGUGGACGAGGCCAGCGACUCGGAGGCGCACGACUUUGGGCCUCACGACUUGGAGGCGCAAACCCAGAACGGCCUCGGCGUUCCAAGCAGACGUUGA